GUUGGUAAAGAGGCAGGGGCGGGGAAGGGGGCGAGUCUCACGUAGCUCUGCGGCACCGCAGCCUCUUUAUAGGAGCCUGGGCUGUUGCCUGUCAGAGCGGAGCUGUUCCUCUGACUGACCUGUUACCGCGGCUGCCACUGCUGUGUUGCACACAGGGAGCUGCCACCAUGCCCCAUUCGUACCCAGCCCUUUCUGCUGAGCAGAAAAAGGAGUUGUCUGAUAUUGCCCUCCGGAUUGUGGCCCCAGGCAAAGGCAUUCUGGCUGCAGAUGAAUCUGUAGGCAGCAUGGCCAAACGGCUGAGCCAAAUUGGGGUGGAAAACACUGAGGAGAACCGCCGCUUGUACCGUCAGGUCCUCUUCAGUGCCGAUGACCGCGUAAAGAAGUGCAUCGGGGGGGUCAUCUUCUUCCACGAGACACUCUACCAAAAAGAUGAUAAUGGUGUCCCCUUCAUCCGUACCAUCCAGGAGAAGGGCAUUGUCGUGGGCAUCAAGGUGGACAAGGGUGUAGUGCCUCUAGCGGGGACCAAUGGAGAAACCACCACCCAAGGGUUGGAUGGACUAUUGGAACGCUGUGCCCAGUACAAGAAGGAUGGUGCUGACUUUGCCAAGUGGCGCUGUGUGCUGAAAAUCAGCGAGCGCACGCCCUCAGCACUUGCCAUUCUGGAGAACGCCAAUGUGCUGGCCCGCUAUGCCAGCAUCUGCCAGCAGAAUGGCAUUGUUCCCAUUGUGGAGCCUGAAAUCCUGCCCGAUGGAGACCAUGACCUCAAACGUUGCCAGUACGUGACAGAGAAGGUCUUGGCCGCUGUGUAUAAGGCCCUGAGUGACCAUCAUGUGUACCUGGAGGGGACCCUGCUCAAGCCCAACAUGGUGACACCUGGCCAUGCUUGUCCCAUUAAGUAUAGCCCAGAGGAGAUUGCCAUGGCAACAGUCACUGCCCUGCGUCGCACAGUGCCCCCUGCAGUCCCAGGAGUGACCUUCCUGUCUGGGGGUCAGAGUGAAGAGGAGGCAUCACUCAACCUCAACGCCAUCAACCGCUGUCCCCUUCCCCGACCCUGGGCUCUCACCUUCUCCUAUGGGCGUGCCCUGCAGGCCUCUGCACUCAAUGCCUGGCGAGGACAACGGGACAAUGCCGGGGCUGCCACAGAGGAGUUCAUCAAGCGGGCUGAGGUGAAUGGGCUUGCAGCCCAGGGCAAGUAUGAAGGCAGUGGAGAAGACAGUGGAGCAGCUGCCCAGUCCCUCUACAUUGCCAACCAUGCCUACUGAGUACCCAUGUAGACCACUGCCCUUGGCCUUGCCACCUGAACCCAAUUUUGCCUUGUAGUUAUAGGCCAAGGCCAAGAUAGUCAGAGCAAAGAUACUUGCGCCCAGCCCUGGAUCAAUCUCCUUUUUCUUCUUCCUCUUCCAUUGCUGUACCUGGGACCCUUGAUCAGAGGAUAGGGAAUCUCACAUGACUAAGGGCAGGAGAAUUUUCUAGAAAUAAGAGAAGGUUGCCUGGGUUUUCCGUGUGCCUCUGCUAGCCCCCAUAGUUUCUGAUAAUGGGAUAGCUUUUCCUGGGGUCAGACACUAGACCCAACCCAUGCCUGGAGUACAUAGCAAAUGGCAA